ACAACCUGCACCGGACUCACCGCGUUGCCAAGCAAUGUGCACCUGCCCCGGUUGACCUGCCUCAGCACGCUACACGAGUGCUACACCGAAGCUAGUCUCUGUGUGCAUCCAGACACCGGAGCAGUCGUUACCUCGGGUCUAACAGGGCAUUUCGCUCCCAUGGGAAACCGCAGGGUUGUACGACUCCGCUCCGUUCAUUACGCGCUUAAGGCCAAGGAAAUUUGGUAUAACUUUGGGAGAUGUCAGAAAGUUCCUCAGGUGUGAACACAAGCAGUGGCAGUUUUCCCAAAUCCCACUUCUCCCAGUAUUCUGAAAUCAGCGUCACACACACACCCCUCUCCGUGGACCAGAGUCCAGAUUCCGGAAUCGUCAAAACUCCUCUGCCGUCCAGCCGGUUCAGGUUCGUGUCGUGGCAGCGGCUUGAGGAGAGUGAUGUCAAAGGAGACCAGCUCUCCUGUCCCAGGGUCAGAGAAGGGCCGUCAGUGGAGGACCUCUUUCUGAGAAAGGAUGACACCCCCUUGGAAAGGGGGAGGAGGAAGAGGAGAGAGGAAGAAGGGCAGAGGUGGGAGGAGAGGCUUCAAGAGAACUGGGAGAAUUGUGUGGAGCUGAACCUGUCCUAUCAGGACUUGGGAGAUCCGUUCCAGCAGGAAACCUUCAGUCGGAUCCUGAGGAGGCUGAUCCGAGUGGAGAGACUGCAGCUGAUCAAUAAUUCCCUCACAGACCUGAGUUCUAUAUGCCUGCCAAGGUGCCGAAGCCUGAAUCUGCAUCGUAACCACCUGACCUGUAUACGUCAGCUGCCAAAGCUCCCGGCCCUGGAGCACCUGUGUCUCUCUGAGAACAGCAUCUCCACACUGAGGGGACUGGGGGCUCUGGGAACCAGCCCACUCCACUCCCUCACACUCAGAUCUAACCCUGUCAACUACAUACAGGACUACCGUGCACGUGUGUUCUCUUGUUUGCCAAAACUAAGAGUUCUGGAUGGAAUCCCCAAGCUGCCAGAAGAUUCCAUGCCCCCUGGACUCCAACUCCCAGCAGCCACCAGGAUGUGUAACAUUCUGUGACAUCAAAAUAAGGGGCUUUGGAAAUUCCAUAAAUAAUAAUCAAAGAUCUCGGCGGGCGGAGCUGUGAGGGUCGUCAGCGACAUGGGACACACCUGGGCCCGGGUGUGUCCCGGGAUAAAUACACCUCUUCCCCAUUCAUUGAGGAGACUCUCUCCAUGCAGACACACUGAUAGAUUUUGGUUAUGGCAUUUUUGUGGCUGUUUUGUUUGUUUGCGUUGGCACCUUUCAACACCUCUCAUUAUCACAUUUAUGCACGCAACCACUCACUUACACUACUGGUUACUGACUACACACACCAUUGCCAAUUGUAUAUAGUUUACUUUAGUUAAUAAAUAUAUUUUGUUAUUCCUUA